AUACAUGAUGGGAGUAGUGCUCCUACUUCACUACUUUCUCUUCUGCUAUUGCAUAUUGUGCUCACAAUUUCAUAUUCACAGUUUUCAUGUUCACAAUUAUAUGUUCACGUGACGAAGAAUGAACGAGAAUCGAAAGUACGAGCCAACGCAAUGCCAGCUCUUCUUUCAGAACCAGCAGACUUUAAUAACAAAGUUGGAGGGCCUGAAUUUGAGGGUUGGAGUGGUUACCAAGCUGUCAAACCCAACUUUAAUAAUAAAGUUAGAGGGCCUGAAUUUGAGGAUUGGAAUGGUUACCAAAGCUAUCAAACCCAGUAA